UGGGCUGGGAUGGGAUGCCAUGCCAUUUUCGCCCCCUCUUUCUACUUUUUGGUUUCCCGCGCAGCCCUCGCGCGCACAAAAAUUCCCCAUUCCCCAACAUUUUUAUUUUGGGUGGCUCCCUCCUCCGGCGAGGGCGAUGGCGGAGGAGGACGGCGACCGGUUCAUCGAGAUGGUGUCGGCGGGGACGCUGUACCUCUCCGGCGAAUGGGAGCGCAAGUACUGGAGCUGCUCCAGGGGCAAGGAUCGGUACCCCUACCCGGUGGGUUAUCACGCCGUCCGCCACUUCUCCGGGAUAUCCUACACCAUGCAAAUUCACCAAGGACCCAGAGGCCCUCUUUUCCAGGUCACAUCCACCCAAGGAGAUUCAUCCACUGGGCCCACCCCGGAUAUUGCCUGGAAGAACUUCCACAAAAAGACCGCUCCUAAAGUCAGAGACUGGCAGAGGAAAAGGAGCUUCCCUCAGAAGAUUGAUGGCGUUGAGCUUUUCGGGUUUAAAAAUGCAUCUGUUCAGAGGCUGCUUCGUGAACUUAUAGUUCGUUCGACUGGAGCAGUGCAGCUAAACUUGCCUCAUCCAGUUACUUCUGAUGCUAAUUCACCUUUAAGCCGUAAGGUUGAAGCUGAAAUUUCUGAUGGAAAUGAAGUUUGCAUGGACAAGACGGGUGGACCUGCUAAACGAAGUAUGAGGCCAAGCCAGGAGGAAGGGACUGCUAAAAGGGUUCACUACCAGAAUAUUUCCACUUCAACUGAUAAGUGCCAUAAUGAGUUGGAUAUAAUUGCUGAUGAAGGUUCAAACGAAUUGCAGGAUGCCACUGGUUCAAGAUGCACGUCUUCUUCGCUGGAAGACAUGCCUUGCAACUCAACACAUACUUUGGUUGACGACAAUUUAGGUGAAUUUGUUGCAGAUUCACCUGAACAAGUUGCUUUAUCUUCUAGUUCUUAUUUAAGCUCUCAAAAGUCUGACCUAGAAUCAGCUGAGAGAGAAGUAGCUAAGUCUAUGAUGUCUAUUUUGCUUCCCCAAGCUAUUCCCUUUCUAAACAAAACUCACAGAAAGAAGAAGAAGGUUAAGCAUAAAAAGAGAGAAGAAACUAUUUCAACUACAACUGCUUUAGCUGAAAAUCCAUCUGCUGAUGGUUGCCGAGGUGUAGUUGUGUCUACAAGUACCUGUGAAGGAAUAAAUAUAAAAACUUCUCAAACAUAUUCCCAUGGGCAAUCUCUUUGUGAAAUGGUUAAAGACUGCUGUGGUAAUGACGAUGGCAUGAUUGAUGAGCCAGGCCUUAAAUCAGAUGACAUGAAAGUUGUUGCAGAUAGUUUUGAGGAUGAUGAGCAGGGUUGGUGUGACAAUAAAUCUAAAUCCAUGGGUGCUCGCUGUCAUGAUGAUGAUGCGUGCUCUAAGGAAAGUUUGCCGUAUGGUAACAGGGAAGAUCAUGAUGGCCACUCUGAGUGUCAGAUGGGGAUAGAUGAUGGCACAAACACACCUGAUGUGGUAUAUGAUCAUGAAAAAGGUCAAUAUGUUUUAUCUGAAGCGCUCCUUGCCUGUCUGGAGGAAGAAUUUGGUGCGAAGGAUAAUUCCUGCCCUGCAAACUACAAUCAAAUCGAUGUUGGGCGGAGACAAGGUGAGCAGCACUUUGAGGACCCUAGAAGUGGGAUUAACGAUGACUCAUCAAUUUCGGUUGGUAUGUCAGAUAAGAGCAACUUGAGGAGUGGAUUAAUUGAUGGUUAUGCACAAGCUUCUGCUAAGAGCUGGACAGGAAAUUCAAGGCAUGGAGAGUCUUUAACAAAUUUGUUGCAGAGUCCAGUUCAUUCUAACGCACAUAACAAUAGUGAGAAAAUGGGUGGUAAAUUUGAUGAUACUGAGUUUGUUGACAAAUUUGUUGCUUUUGACAAAUAUGGGAUGAAAAGAGUAAACACUGUUACAGUGUGGCCUGUUGAUGUUAGAACAAAAACAGGUAAAAGAAAUCACCCUCUUGAGGAGCAAAAAGAAUGUCAAACUGGAUGCAGAAAUGGCAAUGAGAACGCAAUGGUUUCCAUCGGUUGUGGGAGUUAUGUUUGUGGUCGUGUACCUCCUAAGGAUGAAGACAAUGCUUGCCAUGAGCAUGCUCCUCCUGACGUCAACCAUUUAAAUGGUCCAUUAUGUAGACACAAAGAAACAUCGCCAAGGGUGUCAAAUCUUCAUCUAGAUCUUAUGGGAUGCUAUCUGCAUCCAAUGCCUGUCUUGUCUAUCGUCCUAAACACCAAAAAUAACAGCAGCUUACUGAUCUAUGUACUCUGUGGCCUUCUAGAGAGCUGUGAAAGAUUCCUUUAUGUGUAUACUAUCGUCCCUAAGGAUCAGCAAGAGACAGCACCUUAUUUUGUUGGCUACACUCCUCUUCUAUUGUCCUCCUUGGAGCGGUCAUGUACAGGAAAUCUCCCAUUUGAAAGGUCUGGGUUGCAGUUCACACCUGAUGGCCAGUUUCUGGUCCUCCUUGGCAGUAUCAGAAUGCCUUAUUGCAGGAAGCAAAUCAUUGAUUGUUCUUGCUCCUUGUGCAAGUUGGAUCAGUGUGAGGAUAAUUAUUUGAAAAUUGUAUCUGUGGAUUUGGGUUAUGUUUCACUCUUGACCAAACUGAUGGCUUAUGGGUCACUGUCAUGCAUUUUAAUCUGUGAACCAAAUUACAUUGUAACCGUUGAAGAUGGAAGAAACUUGCAUAUCUGGAUGAUGGCUGCUGGGUGGAGAAUAAUAUCUGAGGAGUAUGUGAUUCCUAGUUCUGGUAAUGUGGGUAAUUCAAUAAUAGAGCUCAGAAGAAUGCCAAAAAGCAGCACUCUCAUCGUUGGUCAUGAUGGCACAGGAAGCUUUAGUUUGUGGGAUAUCUCCAAGCGAACACUUCUGGCAACUUUUACAGCUCCAGGAAUCAUUGUUUUCCAGAUUCGGCCAGUAGUAUCGUGUAGUUUGCAGGAGGAUAUCAUUCUUGCUUCGGUUAGUGACAUAGAGAGAAGGUUAAGAGAGAUUACAGUUACUGGUGUGUCCAGAAAAGCUGACAAGGAGUCCAUUUUGUCACCUGGAAAAGAUACAGCAAUUUGGAUUCUGAUUUCGUCUGCUUCAGUAGCGGAGUAUCAAAGUGAUCUUCGAGCAAAGGAACAUAAUGCACGAUGGAGGCUAGCUCUGCUGGCAAAUAAGACUCUUAUUAUGGGAACUAUUUUGGAUCCAAGGGCUACUGCAGUAGAUGUUUGUGGUAACCAUGGAUUCGCUGGAACACAUGGAGGUCUCUUGUACGCAUGGGAAUUGUCUUCUGGGAGAAAACUUGCUGGUACACAAUGUUUUAACAGUGGACGAGUCUCGUGCGUUGCUGUUGAUGCUAAAUCAGGUGUAGUAGCAGUGGCCGACGAUGGAUGCCAGCUGGUACUUUACAGUCAAAAUAAGGUGCUGAGCAAUGCAAGGGCAGAAGGGAACAUGUUCAGGAUAAAGUAGCCGUUUGGACAUUGUAGUUGGAAAGUAAGGUUGGUGACUGUAUGCAUAUGGCUUGCAAUUUACAGUGGAUUGUACAUAAAAUUUUUGUUGGUCUCGUACAUCCAUCAUACUAUCAAAUGUACAUAGCUGAUAGAAUCUCGCGUUGCAUUUCAAUUUGAAGGCGCAGAUCGCCUUGCAACUUGGUAA